UUCAGUGGUGGGGGUUGGGCAUUCAACCGUGUUGUUGAUCAUCAAUCCGAUUUUAUUAACUUUAACAGUUUUAUGUUACGUUUUUUAUUAAUAAGGUUUAAGGAGUUUGUUUUUUAUUUAUUUUCUCGUUUUUUAUAUUAUAUUUAUUUUUGUGACUGGCAGGAAACCCCGUUGGUCCGAUAAUCCAAUUUUCGCCUGGAAAGUCUCCGACCAACUGCUAGUCUGAGGCCGUCGGCUUCCUCUGAAGCGCUUGGCUGUCCAUAAACUGCUAAAUGUUUGUUUUAUUCCUUUAUUUAUCGUACGGACAAGCAGGAAAAUAGAUAUUAAUCGAGGACAGAAGUAUCACAGUGGAGUUGAAAGGUCGAGGGAUACCCUCCUGUCGGAUCUGCGUCGGCACUGUGGCACAUUUGUUCAGUGUUUUAGCUCCAGAAGCUAGCAGUUGACGAGACUGGAAGCAUCGGCACGAGCUGAUUUGACUUAACUCCUAUGGAUCGCAAGAGAAUGAGCAUCUAAUCAACACUUGGUAACAUGGCCCUACUCUCGCCUUGACCUCUUGGUUCACCCAGGAUCCAAAAUGAGUGUAAGCAGUGAUGAGGUCAAUUUCCUGGUCUACAGAUACCUGCAGGAGUCAGGCUUCUCGCACUCAGCGUUCACCUUUGGCAUAGAGAGCCACAUCAGCCAGUCCAACAUCAACGGUGCUCUGGUGCCCCCUGCUGCCCUCAUCUCCAUCAUCCAGAAAGGCCUGCAGUAUGUGGAGGCUGAAGUCAGCAUCAAUGAGGACGGUACUCUGUUUGAUGGACGACCGAUCGAGUCGCUGUCGUUAAUCGAUGCAGUGAUGCCAGACGUGGUGCAGACGAGGCAGCAGGUGUAUAAGGAUAAACUGGCUCAGCAGCAAGCUGCCGCCGCCUCCAGCACCACAGCGGCCAAGAAUGGAGAGAACACAGCUAAUGGAGAGGAGAACGGAUCUCACACGCUGUCUAAUCACCACUCCGACAUGAUGGAGGUGGACAGGACAGUGGAGAUCCCAGCCAGUAAAGCCAUGGUGCUGCGGGGCCAUGAGUCUGAGGUCUUCAUCUGUGCUUGGAACCCUGUCAGCGAUCUGCUGGCAUCUGGCUCUGGAGACUCAACCGCACGGAUCUGGAACCUGAGUGAGGGCAGUGCGGGAGGAUCCACUCAGCUGGUGCUGCGGCACUGCAUUCGGGAGGGGGGGCAGGAUGUACCCAGUAACAAAGACGUCACCUCACUGGACUGGAAUAGUGAAGGUACACUUCUCGCCACAGGAUCCUAUGAUGGCUUUGCCAGGAUAUGGACUAAAGAUGGUAAUCUUGCCAGUACACUGGGGCAGCACAAAGGUCCCAUAUUUGCUUUAAAGUGGAACAAGAAAGGGAAUUUUAUCCUCAGCGCUGGUGUUGAUAAGACCACCAUUAUUUGGGACGCACACACAGGAGAGGCCAAACAGCAGUUUCCAUUCCAUUCAGCUCCGGCUCUGGACGUGGACUGGCAGAGCAACAACACGUUUGCAUCCUGCAGCACGGACAUGUGCAUUCACGUGUGUAAACUGGGCCAGGACAGACCAGUCAAAACAUUCCAGGGCCACACAAAUGAAGUCAAUGCAAUCAAAUGGGAUCCAACAGGAAAUCUCUUGGCCUCCUGCUCUGAUGACAUGACCCUAAAGCUUUGGAGCAUGAAACAGGACACUUGUGUUCAUGACCUGCAAGCCCACAGUAAGGAGAUCUACACCAUCAAAUGGAGCCCAACUGGCCCUGGAACCAACAACCCCAAUGCCAACCUCAUGCUGGCCAGUGCGUCGUUUGAUUCAACGGUGCGUCUGUGGGACGCGGAGCGUGGCGCCUGCAUCCACACACUGACCAAACACCAGGAGCCCGUCUACAGCGUGGCAUUCAGCCCAGAUGGGCGGCACCUGGCCAGCGGUUCCUUCGACAAGUGUGUCCAUAUCUGGAACACACAGAGUGGUGCUUUAGUCAACAGCUACAGAGGGACGGGGGGGAUUUUUGAAGUAUGCUGGAACUCCACUGGAGACAAAGUGGGCGCAAGUGCAUCAGAUGGAUCGGUUUGUGUAUUAGACCUAAGGAAAUGACACUGCCGCUGGGAAGCCAUGGACCGACUAUGAAUGUGUGCACAGCCAAAUUUACCGACUGUCCCUGGCCCAUCAUCCACUGCUGUAGUCCACGCGUGAGGCGCCAGACCACAUCCCAGAGCAACGGUGACACUUACGACACAAACGAAAUCAGUGUGCCAGAGAACUGUUAUACACGGACACAAUGGACACAAGAGAAAUACACCACUUAUGCACACACACCUCAUUACUUCCUGUGUUCAUCAUUCCAAACCCAGAGGGCCACGGUCCACACCGCUGUCGUGCACAUAUUGCACACGUCAGCGCUUCAGUGAUGGUUUAGAUCUAACUGCAUGAGUUCUAGAGCAGAGCAGUUGAAUAUGGCAAACUCGUGGCCACGUGAUAUUGACAAUUCAGAGUAUUGGCACUGUAUGUUUAGUGGCUCUGCGACUUUUGGAACUGUUCUCCAAAAAUGCUCAAGGAUUUUUUUUUUUUUUUUUGCCAAACUUUGAGAAAUAAUUUGUUUUUGUUUUUUUUUGUUUUUCUUUUUAAAUACAGAGUUAUAAGAGUACAUAAAUCCUAUUAAAUUACUCGACUAUAUUUUCUAAAACGAAUGCCCUGUGUCAUUUUAUACAACCUAUGCAACUUUGUGGAAAGACAAACCUGAACUUGCAGUGCAUGAAUGGGUGAAACUCAUAGCUGAAGCCUGGACAUUUAAAAUAUCCGAUAGGCCCACCCUAAAAACGCAACGGCACAUUCACUCUCGCUGUUACAGAAAACAUAGCUAUCAGGUUAUUCAUUCUUUUUCUUUGGGGAGGGGGUGUCAUGUUAAAUACCAAUGUUCUCCUACAUUGGUAUUUAACAUAACAUCUCACUUAAUGUUUAUUACAAAGAUUUGUUCCUCCAGUUUGAUGUCCUUUCUUUAGUGUUGCGUUGUUAACUGUUUUGCUAUAGAAGUCCGAGCUCUGACUGAUCCGGUCUGGUCAUUACUCCUUCAGUGAACUGGUAUGUGUGUGAUUGUAACAUAUGGGUCGGUGCGAUUUUUAUUCAGUUCCAGUCAGGCAGUGAUAAAGUAAAAGUUCAAAGUCCGGCUCCGUUUUCUCUCAUUUUGCUCACUCUUUUCCUUUGUAAAACGAUGUCAUUGCGCAGUGAUGGUAUGGGUGUGAACAGAAACUGACGUGGAAAAACGUAAACGUGACCACAGGUAUUUUUAUUAUUACAUGCUACUGUUGUAUGGAUUUUAACGUUUGGGAUUUCUCAGUGCCUGGUUUCUUCAGGUGGUGGGACGCUGAUUUAGAGUUCACGAGAUGCUGUCACGUGUCUUUAUAAAAUACCAUUAGACAGUCAUAGGCCAGAGAAGCAGCUUUUCUCCAGCUCACUCGUGUCGCCUCUCAGCACUUUACAGCACAUACUCCAAUGAAAUCCAACGAGCACUUAAAAGAUUUUUUAUCCUUUGGACUGAAAUUACUUGAGUGACAUUAAACAUUUACUUGAAUAAACCAGAUCUUCUGAUGAUUCUUAGAGGUGAGGCGGCUGGUUUAAAUCUAUAUAACAGUGUUUUUUUUUUGUUUUUUUUUUAUAAGCGUAGUCCAAAAUGCUAACAAAUGCCUUUUUCUUUCCACGGAUCAAGUAUAACCUGCAUCCCCUCCUAAAAGUAUCAAAAUGUUCUGAUUUUUCUUAACUUUUUUUUUUUUUUUUUUUAAGAUGAGUAUUUUGAAGCUUGCUCUAAUAUAAUCAACAAGUAGAUUGUACGAAAAGGUUGCUAUUUAUUAUAUUGUCUAUGACAGUGGAAUGGUAUUUUAUAAUGUUUUAAUUUGAAAGAGAUAUAGUUUUUACAGUGUGCGUGCAAGCGUGUGCUUCUCUUGGUCCGCGAAGCCUAGCACUCUGCUUGCUGUGUCCACAGCCCUUUGAAAUUUUGUACUUUAAAAUCUUUUGUAAUUCUAUUGAUGUUUUUAGCUCUAAGCAAAGGCACGUACAUGGGCAUAUCAAAACAUCUUGGACCAUGUAAAUACUUGUUCAGUGAUUUUUGUCUCACUUUAGGUAAUCUUUAAUCUAGUUUUUUUCUCUCUCUUUAGUUAUGUUUCCUGUUUUGCUCACUCUCUAGCAGAAAUCACUCACUGCGAUGUUGAUUUGACUGUUGUGAUUUGAGUCAGAUUAAAUGAAAAGUCCAGAAUAAAAUAUAUUUUGAUAAUA